AUGGUCAUAGAUGAACCAGAAUUUCUACCAUUUGGCACAGCCACGAAUGCCACAGCUUUGGGCCAUCAGCUAGGAUUACCAUUGUCCUCCAUGCUGCCAAAUGCUGGCCCUUCCCUGCCAUCACUCAGCAUGCUUGCACCAUCUUGGGACUCACCACCACUUUCACCAGAGUCACAGCCAUCUGCUGCUGAUCAACAAUGGGAGGCAUGGCAAGCAAGUCAUUCCAUGCCAUCCUUGGCCACCAUUGUGCCUAGCUGGGAUUCACCAACAUCUUCCCUGGCAGUCUCACCCCCACCUAGAUCAUUGCUGGCAUCCACACAAAUUCCACAAACUGUGCCAUCUCCUGUGGUUCAUGCAUAUAUGGAUGAGUGGUUAGAUGGCACAGCAGCCUCCAAGCCACAGCCCAUCCCAGCUAUAUCAUGGCAACCAUCCCCCCAGCCUAUGGCCACCAAUGCUGCUGCUGUGACUUGGGUAUACAAGGACUUCAUGAUGAAGGGCCAAUUACAACAUCAGUGGAAAAAGCAUGGUGGCUUGUGGUUCUUCUUGCAGGACCAACUGAUGAGCACCUGCCCUGUCUUAACACCACUACUGAUGGGCCAAUUGUUGUGGCCCACAACCACUACAGCAAUAUAUUGGUGGAAUCAAGCAUCUGGUUUCACCUGUUGCUUGCAAGGAGAGCACAGCUGGAAAGGACUCAGCAAUAUAUACAAGAUUUGA